AACAUCGCGGCCCCACCGCCGCCCGCCUUCCCCCCCUGCUGCCUGCCAGGGCCCGGAGGCGCCCGCCGUUCCUCGUCCCGCUGCCUCGCCCCUCCUCUGGCCGCCCGCAGGUGAGACCAGCCCCAGGGCGGCGCUGCCGCGGCCCGCCCGCCUGGUCUCGGCCGAGAGAAGCACCUGUGGGAUCUGCGAGUUCCCACCACCGCCAGGAUUGACCCAAGGACCAUUUCAUCCUGCAAGAAUCGGUUAGCGAGAUCUGCAUAGACUUGUUCCUAAGAGAUAACAUGUCUGAGAUUGACUAUGAGAAGUUAGCUGAAAUAGAACUGCAGAAAGAUGAAGCGGAAGAUACACAGUCAGAACAGGAAGAAACAAACACGUCUCCACCACUUGAGGAUCCCGAGUUAAAUAUCAAUCACCCUUACUAUGACGUUGCGAGACAUGGCAUCAUCCAAUUAGCAGGUGAUGACAAUUCUGGAAGGAAGGUGAUUACCUUCAGUUGCUGCCGUAUGCCCCCCUCCCAUCAGCUCAAUCACACCAGAUUGCUGGAGUACUUAAAAUAUACUCUGGACCAGUAUGUAGAGAAUGAUUAUACAGUUGUCUACUUCCACUAUGGCCUGAAGAGUCUGAAUAAACCAUCUCUGAAAUGGUUACAAACAGCCUACAAAGAAUUUGACAGGAAGUAUAAGAAAAACCUUAAAGCACUCUAUGUUGUACAUCCAACCAACUUCAUAAAAAUACUGUGGAAUAUCUUUAAGCCUCUUAUAAGCCAUAAGUUUGGGAAAAAGAUCACCUACUUGAACUAUUUAAGUGACCUGAGAGAGCAUCUCAAAUAUGACCAGCUAAAUAUCCCUCAAGAAGUCAUUCGACAUGAUGAAAAUCUUCGGAGGAAACAGAAGGGAAAACUGCCACCUGUGGUUAAGGUUCCGCCGCCACGGCCACCUCUACCUACUCAGCAAUUUGGAGUCAGCCUGCAAUAUAUCAAGGACAAAAAUAAAGGUGAACUAAUUCCCCCAGUAAUGAAGGAAACUGUAUCCUACCUAAAAAGAAAAGGACUACAAGUAGAGGGCCUCUUCAGAAGGUCAGCCAGCAUCCAGACUAUCAAAGAUAUUCAGAAACUUUACAAUCAGGGCAAGUCUGUGAAUUUUGAUGAUUAUCAUGAUAUCCAUAUUCCUGCUGUUAUCCUAAAGACUUUCCUUAGGGAACUCCCUCAGCCAUUACUAACGUUUGAGUGUUAUGACCAUGUCCUCGGAAUCACCAGUGUGGAGAGCAGUUUACGAGUCACCAGAUGUAAACAAAUUAUUCAAGGACUUCCUGAACACAAUUACGUUGUUCUGAAAUACCUGAUAUGCUUUCUCCAUAUGGUUUCACAGGAGAGCAUAUAUAACAGAAUGACAGCAUCCAGCCUGGCCUGUGUCUUUGGUUUGAAUCUGAUCUGGCCGUCGAAAGGAACAGCCUCCCUGAGUGCUCUGGUACCUCUGAAUCUCUUCACGGAACUACUGAUAGAUUUCUACACUAAUAUAUUCAACUCCCGAACAGUGCCUGGUGAGAUCUUACCUUAAUGCUCCAAGAAAGGAAAAUGGAGUAGAAUAUGAAAUCCUGAGGGAAAGAAAGGCCUCUGUGCCUCAACUGGUGGGAGCUUUAUAUUCAGGGAUCUCUCCUGCCAAGAAAACUGUCAAUACAGAGUAAAGUUUCUAUAGCUUUCCAAAUACCAAAGAUGUUGGGAGAAGCACACUGCCCCAUAUAUUCUCAUCACAUGGGGAAGAAGGGAGAAUAUGUACAGGAACAUUCGAAGACCAAUAGGUCAGAGUGAAUCCCCUUGUUAAACUUGAGCAGCUAACAAAAACUAGUAUGUUAAAAAAUCAUGACACCACGUGCCAAUCUGUCAUUUCUUUGGGAAUCUGGAGACCUUAUGUGUGGCAUUAUUUUCUGGGACCAUGCACAGCUAAGUUUUGGACCACUCCUGAAUUUACAGCUUUUUUUUUUUUUUAAUUUGAAUACAGGUUUUUAGAAAAUUCUGUAUUAAGUUAAUAAAGAUGGAAUCAGUUUUUAAGAUA